UUUAAGAAUGAUAGUUUCAGUAUUUCCUGAACGACUGUCAGUGCUAGACAACCCGCGAAACUCAACUGGCACUUUUGAAUUGUUCAUUAUCCAACACGGAGUACAAACAGUAUUGGAAGUAACAAGUGAUAGUACGAAAGUAAAAUCCAUAAAUACGAAACAUGCUGUGAAUAGUUCAUUCGUAACGCUCAAUUUCACUUUUUUUUUUUGUUUAAUUAGUUGUGAUUAUUUGCUGAGUGAAAUUUUUUGUCCCUGAAAUAGAGGAUUGAUUGAAUAAUUUUGACAGUUGUUUUGGUAAUUUUGGAGGUGUCGAGGAGAGGUGCUCGCUGAAAAAAUGGUGUCAAUCCGUACAGCAACGAGAACAGCUGCCCUUAUCUGCCUGAUUUUUCUCCUCCUAGGAAUAGUGAAUCAUGCAGAAGGGGCGAGGAAGCGUUUCCGGAGGCCAACGACAUCAUCACCAUCCUUGAGUAACGAUCAAGAGGUCUCAGCUAGCGUAAACAGAUUCAAAGUGACGCGAAAUCGUCUGGGUACAAAGCACACAAAGAAUGAACUCCAGUCGAGCAGUGGAAGCAGCACCAGCACCAAGCCAAAUGAUUAUAAGAUCGUGUGCUACUACACAAAUUGGUCUCAGUACCGCACGAAGAUUGGAAAAUUCAUGCCUGAGGAUAUUCAUCCUGAUUUAUGUACCCACAUUAUUUUUGCAUUCGGCUGGCUCAAGAAGAACAAACUCACUAGCUUCGAAUCCAACGAUGAAACCAAGGAUGGAAAAAUUGGACUCUACGAGAGAAUGGGAUCUCUCAAAAAGGCAAAUCCAUCAUUGAAAAUUCUACUUGCCAUUGGUGGAUGGUCAUUCGGGACCCAAAAGUUUAAAGACAUGUCAUCAACGAGAUACGCCCGACAGACAUUUAUCUACAGUGCAAUCCCAUAUCUACGUGACAGAGACUUUGAUGGUCUCGACAUCGACUGGGAGUAUCCUAAGGGUGGUGAUGACAAGAAAAACUAUGUUCUGUUACUGAAAGAGUUGCGAGAGGCUUUUGAGGCCGAAGCUCAGGAGAAAAAGAUGCCGCGGCUGUUGUUGACCGCAGCUGUUCCAGUUGGUCCAGAUAACAUCAAGAGCGGAUACGAUGUACCAGCAGUAGCAAGUUACCUGGAUUUUGUUAAUCUCAUGGCGUACGAUUUUCAUGGGAAAUGGGAACGUGAGACUGGCCACAAUGCACCACUUUACCCAUCAUCUUUGGAUUCUGAGUGGCAGAAACAGCUCAGCGUUGAUAAUGCCGCAUCUAUAUGGGUUAGGCUUGGUACACCGAAAGAGAAAUUGAUUAUUGGUAUGCCUACCUAUGGACGAUCCUUUACACUCUCCAAUCCUGAUAAUUUUCGGGUUCAUGCCGCUGCUAGUGGCGGUGGAAAAGCUGGAGAGUACACCAAAGAGUCCGGAUUUUUGGCGUACUAUGAGAUAUGCGAGAUGUUGCAAAAUGGGGCAGCCUAUGUGUGGGACGAUGAGAUGAAAGUACCGUACCUGGUGCAUGGUGAUCAAUGGGUUGGUUUUGAUGACGAGAGGUCUAUUAGGAAUAAAAUGUCGUGGUUGAAGGGCAAGGGUUACGGUGGUGCUAUGGUAUGGACAGUAGAUAUGGAUGAUUUCAAUGGCACAGUAUGCCCGGGGAAUGUUAGAUAUCCACUGAUUGGUGCUAUGCGAGAGGAACUCAGGGGUGUGUCAAGGGGUAGCAAUGCCAAAGAUGUUGAUUGGAGUGCUGUAGCUGCUACUGUCAGUGAAGUCGUCGUCAAGAAACCCGAGCCGUACAAAAUAUCUGUUUCAGAAGUACUUAGCAAAGCCAAGAAAAUUACCAAGCCAACGACAACACUCGUCAUCAAUACACCCUCACGAGAGAGGGAACCCCAGACAAUUUGUUACAUGACAAACUGGUCUCACAAGCGUCCUGGAACUGGAAGAUUUAUGCCUGAGGACAUUGAUCCAACUCUGUGUACUCACGUCGUAUACGCGUUUGCAACCUUGAAGGAUCACUUGCUGACGGAAAGCAGCGAAAAGGAUGCCGAAAUGUACGAGCGUUUGAUUGCCCUCAGGGAGAAAAAUCCAGACAUUAAGAUAUUAGUGGCUAUCGGUGGGUGGGCAUUCGGCUCCACUCCAUUCAAAGAACUGACCAGCAACACAUUCCGUAUGAAUCAGUUCGUUUAUGAGGCUAUUGAGUUCCUCAGAGAGUAUAAAUUCAACGGUCUCGAUGUGGACUGGGAAUAUCCGAGAGGUGCUGAUGACAGAGCGGCUUACGUGAAUUUACUGAAGGAGCUUAGAUUGGCAUUCGAGGGCGAGGCGAAGGACUCGGGACAGCCUAAACUAAUCCUUUCUGCUGCUGUACCAGCGAGUUUCGAAGCCAUCGCCGCGGGAUAUGAUGUUCCCGAAGUAUCCAAGUAUCUGGACUUCAUAAAUAUAAUGACUUACGACUUCCACGGACAAUGGGAACGUCAAGUCGGUCACAACAGUCCGUUGUACGCUCUGGAAGGUGCCACAAGUUACCAGAAGAAGCUGACAGUGGAUUUCAGCGCCCGUGAGUGGGUCAAGCAGGGAGCGCCCAAGGAAAAGCUUAUGAUUGGAAUGCCAACUUACGGCAGAUCAUUCACACUCGUUGAUAAAGAUAAAUUUGAUAUCGGAGCACCGGCGUCAGGUGGUGGCACGCCUGGAAAUUUCACUAAUGAAUCCGGUUUUCUAUCUUAUUACGAGGUAUGUAGCUUUCUCAAUGAGGACAACACAACCCUGGUUUGGGAUAGCGAACAACAAGUACCUUUCGCUUACAGAGACGACCAGUGGGUUGGUUUUGACGAUGAGAGAAGUCUCGUUAACAAGAUGAAUUGGCUGAAGGAAGAGGGCUUCGGUGGUAUUAUGGUGUGGUCAGUGGAUAUGGACGACUUCAAGGGUACCUGCGGUGCAGGCAAAUACCCACUGAUAAAAGCAAUGAAGAAAGAACUGCUCGACUACUCAGUUAAACUCGAAUAUGAUGGACCAUAUGAGACUGGAUUACGAAGUGGAAAAUACACCACCAAAGACCCUAACGAGGUUACCUGCGACGAGGAGGACAAUCACAUAUCGUAUCAUCCGGAUAAAAACGACUGUACAAUGUAUUACAUGUGUGAGGGCGAGCGAAAACAUCAUAUGCCAUGUCCUGUUAAUCUUGUAUUCAAUCCAAAUGAGAAUGUCUGCGACUGGCCCGAGAAUGUAGAGGGUUGUCUUCAACACACACAGGCACCACCCGUUUAAUUAAGAAAGAACAAACAAAUACACUCUAAAAUAAUCAGAAAAAUUAAUACAUAAAGGUAAUUUGUCUCGUGACACGGCAACUCACUGCCACACUAUAUAAAACAGAAUGGCGCAUUGUUUGUGCAUAAAGAAGCCGGUGCAAGAGACAAACGGGGAGAAAACUAUAUUAAAAGAAUUGUCACUAUGUAAAUUUCUCACAAGGUUCACACCGACCACACUAUUAUCACUUUUUAUCACUCUAUCAAUCUUUUUUUUGUUCUUUAUCUCCUUCGGCUUUCUCCCACUGCUCUCAUUGUUUUUUCCUUGAAACCAUUUAAUUUCUACUUUUUAUCUCACUCUCUUAAUUUUUUUUUUUUUUGUGAACCUCUUCUCCUGCACUACAACUUUUGUCUCCCGCACACACACACUUUUAUUUUAAAAUUCGUUGAAAA